AUGAAUUCCGAGACAGAAAUUUACUUUGAUACAGAGCUUGGCAUGGAGCAAGAAAAGAGAUUGCGCACAAGAGGAGUAGGGAAGCGUGGAGCAUGGAGCACAGCUAGAAAAAUAAUGGUUACUGAAGUAUGCCUGUUGGCAUUAACAUGUGUGUCAAUGACAGUGCUAUUUCCAAAUCUCACCGGCGUAAGCCGUGCUGAUGCAAACAAUGGCUAUUCAGAUGUUCCUGAUUAUCUUGAUGGCUAUAUGGACGGUUCGAUUUUGAAUAAUAAGGCACACUUUGCGGAGGAAAUAGCCUUCUAUCAUAUGUAUACUAAGUGCAUGUCUAAUCUCGCAGAUACCUAUGAUAAGGUCAAUCAUUUUCUAAGGACUAAUAAGGGUGACAUUACUACGCUUGUUGGAGAUGAGAAAUGGAAGGAGAUCGUCGCUACCGUAAAAACUACAAAGAAAAACGUGCUACAGUUAAUUCAGGACGAGGGCAAGAGCAUCGAGUCGACUACAUUUGACAUGUGGAAGGUGCUUUACGAAUUCAAGGAUG